AUGGUCAAGCGCAUCUUGAAUGUCGUCACCAACGUCGGGCACUACGACGACCCUUCCCACCCGACCGGCUUGUGGUUGUCAGAGCUCACGCACGCCUGGCACGUCUUCGAGGAGCACGGGUUCGAGCAGACCAUUGUCAGCCCAGCGGGCGGACCCUCUCCCCUGGAGCCGCGGUCGUUGAAGUUCCCCAACUACGACAAGACCGCGAAAGCGUGGAGAGCUGAUCCGACACGGAUGGCGCUACUCGAGAACACUGCCAGACCCGACCAGAUCAACUCGGCCGACUUCGACGCUAUCUACUUCACUGGCGGGCAUGCGGUGAUGUACGAUUUCCCCGACAGCGAGGGCUUACAGCGAAUCACCCGAGAGAUCUAUGAACGGGGUGGCGUUGUCUCCUCGGUCUGCCACGGCUACUGUGGCUUGCUCAACACCAAGCGCUCUGACGGUUCCUACCUGGUCGCCGGGCACAAGAUGACCGGGUUCGCCUGGCAGGAGGAAGUGCUUGCUCGCGUAAACAAGCUUGUGCCCUACAAUGCCGAGGCAGAAGUGAAGAAGCGCGGCGCCCACUACAAGAAGGCGAAGCUGCCAUUUGUCUCCUACACCGUGGUCGACGGCAACCUGGUGACUGGGCAGAACCCUGGUUCGGCUACGGAAACCGCUAAGAAGGUCGUCGCCGCCAUCAGCCGGUCGUGA